ACUAAUACUUUCAAACUUGAACCGAGUGACGCGUUACUCCGGGAUAGCUCAUUGAGCGUCGUGAAUCACAUUCCUUUACCGUAGGCAGGUACUACUACACAUCGAAACGUCAUGCGUUUCCACGUAUCUCUAGGAAAUUGUAAUCUUCCUCCGUUUAUAUAUAAAUCCAUGGCGUAUCGCGUGCGCGGUCAUUCAGUAACUCGAACGGGCCACCGUAUACAUCGGCUCCGGCGCGGGCGCGCGUCUCGUUCUUCCGAAACACGAUUCACGAGACUCUGGGUCUUCGAAACAGCGGCGUGCCUCCCUUUCUCUCCCAGCCAGCGCCUCCCAAACUAGGGUUCCGCGGGAUGACGAAAAAUUACACGUUCUCCGCCGCUUGUAAAGCCUAUUUAAACGACGCGCCGUCCGCUUUAGGGAUCACUUACUGCGGCCAUAAAUAUGUAGAAGUCGAGAUGUUGUGAUGGCUGGUAGGUCACGACGUUUGAGCACAGAGCUCGAACCGGAUUUAUCGACGCCAACUGCCCCAAAAAGGCCCAAGCAAUCCGAAACCUCAUCCGAUUCGUCUGGAGAAAAGCACCUAACCGAAGUGGAAAGUACCGAGGCAUCGAGCACAAAUGAGAUACCUGCACAGACAGAGAUCCUUUCGGAAGGAGAUAAACAACUCUCAGAUGUUACAGAGAUCUCUGCACAGACAGAAAUCGUUUCGGAAGGAGAUAAACAACUUUCAGAUGUUACAGAACAGGCAACAACAUCGAAGCAAUCGGUUUUAAUCAGUGAAACGUCCUCGGAAUCGACUAAACAAUCGUCUCAAACGGAUCCGGAUCCAUAUGAUCUCCCCAGACAAGAGAGUGAUAUCGCAUCGACCUCAACGGAAGCAAUCCCGAGUACAUCGAGAGAAGAGCAGCUCAAGACGUUAAAAUCCGUUGUAAUGAGGUACAGCGAUCAAGGUGAGCUCUCUGCUCCUUCCGGAAGAAGAUCAGAAGAGACGACGAUACAAAGUUACUCGCUGCGUGAACGACCGUCGUUCGAGAAUUUGUCCGUUAUCGGGAAUGGUGCUUACGGGACAGUGUACAAAGCUACAGAUAAGAAUAGUGGUCAAACCGUAGCGCUUAAGAGAGUCAGGAUACCUUUGACGGAGGAUGGUCUGCCUCAGUCCACAUUAAGGGAAAUUGUUGCCUUGAAAUCGCUCGAGCAAUACGAGCACCCACAUAUUGUCAGAUUAUUGGAUACCUGCCAAGGAGGAGAUUAUCUUGAUGUAUCAUCGGGUGAUGGUACAUUCGAAAGACCGGAACGUGAUAUCACCUUUUGGUUGGUGUUCGAACACGUAGAAAGAGAUCUCGCUUCGUACAUAGCUAAUUAUCGGAAUAGCUCGCCCCGAUUAAGCAUCCCACCGUAUCUUGUGAGGCAAAUGUUGAAAGAGAUACUUUGUGGAGUGGAGUUUCUACACAGCCAUAGAAUAAUACACAGGGACUUGAAGCCGCAGAAUCUUCUAGUAACACGGGAAGGGAGAAUCAAGAUCGCGGAUUUUGGUCUGGCCAAGACGUACGGUUUUGAAAUGAGAUUAACUUCCGUGGUUGUAACCCAAUGGUAUCGAGCACCCGAAGUACUUUUAGGAUGUUCCUAUGCUACUCCUGUAGAUGUUUGGUCUGUCGGAUGCAUACUAGCAGAACUUUGCAAAUUGGAACCGUUAUUCCCAGGUACCAGUGAGGGUGAUCAACUGGACAGGAUUUUCCAAGUUUUGGGUACUCCAUCACAGGAAGAAUGGCCGGAGAAUGUAUCGCUCAAUUGGAAUGCUUUUCCACAUAGACGUCCGAGACCUCUCAGUCUAAUAGUACCAGAUCUCAAUGAAGAUGGAUUAGACUUAAUAAAGAACAUGCUCAUGUUUGAUCCUCAUAGUCGUAUAACUGCAGCAAAAGCCGUAAGACACCGAUACUUUUCCGAUGAGGGCGUACAAUAA